AUGAAUCCACCGUCGACUCCCCUUUCCCCCAUUCCUCAGCCACCUCAUAGCCUGCGCGCCGCCAUCGACCCACAGUCCAUACCGUCCCCAAUUGAUACCAUCGAAGGUGAUAGAGAGCAAUGGGAGGACCAGACUUACGGCACUCUACCUGGUGGUCAUGUGCCACUGUCUACCACAGACUAUGUCGCUAUUGAUCAAGGGAACUCGUCUCCCAAGUUCCUGCGUAUAUCUACUUGGAACAUUCCCAGCACGUCUCGCCUUGCUUCGGACUGUCGGAUUCCCAUUGCUGCUGUCGUACAGCCAUUUGCCGAUCAAGACCCUCGUGAGGAAGAGAUUCCGGUUGUGGACACUGGGGAUAUUGGGCCUGCGCGUUGUGCGAGCUGCCGUGGCUACAUCAAUCCGUGGUGCAAGUGGGUAGACGGGGGCAUGAAGUGGACGUGCAAUAUGUGCACCCAUGAAACUGCAGUCGCUCCGGAGUAUUUUUGCAACCUGGAUGCGAACCUGACCCGGCUGGACCACUUGCAGCGACCAGAGUUGAACAAGGGCACCGUCGACUUCGUAGUUCCAGAGGAAUACUGGGCGCCUCACUCUCCGCUGAGGAUGGAACCCUUGUUUCAGUCUGUGAUGCCGUUACCCACGUCCGGGCGGAGACAGCCACAGCCAAUGAACUACAUAUUCGCUUUCGACGUCUCGCUGGAGGCAGUUCAAUCUGGAUUCACACAUUCCGCGUGCUCUAGUUUGCUGGAUCUUCUCUACAGUCAAAGCGAGUCAGGAACAGAGGGCCAUCAGGGUGAUUCCUGUCUACCUGCAGAGAGCAAGAUCUGCAUUGUGACAUUUGAUAGGACGUUGCACUUCUACGAUCUAUCUGUACGCCUCAAUCUGCAUCUUGCCCCACCUAUUGCGACGCUCAUGGCUUAUUUAGAUGAUGUAUUCGUCCCUCUACGAGAUGGACUCUUCGUAGAUCCCCAAGGGUCGCAACCCGCCAUCACGGCCUUGCUCUCUACACUCGGGAAACCUACCACCCGGAUGAUUGAUACAGAAGCAGCUUUGGGCACUGCUAUUGUGGCAUGCCUAGCCUCUCUCGCAGGCACCGGUGGACAGGUCGUCGUUUUCACUGGUGUCCUCCCGACAAUUGGGCUCGGCGCAUUGAAGACACAAGUGGAUGAGUCAACACUCUUUGGCACAGACAAGGAAAACACACUUUUUGCUCCUCGAGAUAACACCUGGAAAGACAUCGCGCAGCAAUGUGCCGAAGAAGGUAUCGGUGUCAGCAUGUUUUUGGGCAUGAAUAGGCCCAUCGAUGUAGCCUCCGUAGGCAUUAUCUCAUCCCUCACAGGCGGGGAGCUCUACUUCCACCCUCGAUUCGACCCGCCCCGCGACGGCAUCGUGCUCCAGUCUCAGCUGAGGCGCCUAUUGAAAAGAACAACAGGAUACUCCUGUAUAAUGCGAGUUCGUUGCUCAAGUGGACUACGUGUCGCCAACCAUUAUGGGAAUUUCUACGAGAGCCCGACCGGGGACCUAUUGUUCGGAACUCUCGACGCAGACAAGGCAAUAUCCGUGCAUCUUGAACAUACGAAGACCCUAGAUGACUCUAUGUUUGCGUUCGUACAAAGUGCCGUGCUAUAUACGACAUCUCACGGCCAGCGCCGUGUGCGGGUCUGUAACCUAGGCUUGCAGGUUGCGUCAUUGGCAGGAAACGUAUUCCGGUACGCCGACAUGGACACAGUUGUAUGCCAUAUGGUUCGUGAAGGCAUUUCCAAAUUGCCCACGCAGAGGAUAGCCAAGAUACAUGAACAGCUAACGGACACUUGUACUGCAAUCCUCCUGGGGUACCGGAAACACUGUGCGGCCUCCGCGGCGCCAUCGCAGUUGAUUAUACCGGAAGCCUUUAGGGCCCUUCCUGUCUAUACACUGGCGAUAAUGAAAACAAAGCCUCUGAAAGGCCGCAAUGUCACUGCCGAUGUACGGAAUUACCAGGCACAUAAAAUCAUGAGCAUGAGCGUACGAUGCACGAUGCAGCAUCUAUAUCCUCAGCUCCUCGCAUUGCAUGAUCUUAGCGAUCAUGUAGCACUGCCCGAUCCAACCACUGGUCAAUUGCGCUGGCCGUCCACGAUGAGAACUAGUUAUAUAUUUAUGGAAUCAUAUGGGCUCUACCUCACCGACAACGAGGAAAUGACGGUCCUAUGGAUUGGCUCCGAUAUUUCACCACAGCUACUCAAGGAUCUAUUCGACGUAGACGAUAUCUUGCAGCUCGAUCCCCAUAUCACACAGUUUCCUCAUCUGCCUACUCGGCUUUCGACGCAGAUCCGCAACAUUCUCGCACACCGCCACGAACAACGGGGCUGGACUCCGAAGUUCAUGAUCGCUCGUCGGAAUAUGGAUGCUGCAGAGCUUGAAUUUAGUGAUAUGUUAGUCGAGGACCAGAAUAAUGCCGCCAUGUCUUACCUUGAUUGUGCGUACACGUCUACUUCAUUUUCCCAAUGGUUUGGAUAUUGA